AUGAUGGCCGACCAGCCGCCUCCACUAGAAGCUACGCCAAUUUUGAACGAAGUACCGCUUCUACCUCAUAUGGUUAAUGGGGACAGCAUACAACAGGUUAUUCUUGUGCAGGUAAACCCAGGUGAAACAUUUACAAUUACAACUGAAGAUGGACACAUUCAGUGUAUUCAAGGUCCAGCACACGUUCCGAUGAUGUCACCAAAUGGUUCUAUGCCGCCUAUAUUUGUGCCUCCCGGUUAUGUAUCUCAGGUGGUGGAAGAAAACGGAGUUCGUAAAGUGGUUGUAUUGCCACACUCGGCUGAAUUCCACCCUUCCAUGCAUCCUCCUCCUCCUCCUCCCCAUGUGCCACAUUACAUGCAUCAUCACCAUGCUUUGCUUCCCCACCCACCGCACCCAGUGUACCCUCCGGUUCCUGGGACGGGAGAGCUGCCACCGCAGUUCAUUCACCAGCAUCCACCGCCACACGUUUUUCAAGAACAAGAACCUCGUUCUCAUGGAAGGACAAACUUCAUUCAGCGAGAUGAAAGGAGUCUCAAAAUGCAAGAACACCUGAAGAAAAGACUAAAAGACAGACAAGCUAGUGGUCAUACUAACAAUAAACUUAACAGUCCUCCAUCUUCACCGCAUAAAGUUGUUAAUUCUUCCAAUGCAACAAUUCAGAAUGGAAAUGGAAAGGGACAGCAAGGGGCAGGAGGACCGCUAAAGCAGAAGCAGAUAGGAAAAACAAAGGGCAGUCCAGAUGCAGAGAUGGGAGAAUCGGACACAGAGUCCAAGAAAUGUGAUAUUCACUUGAGCAUUGGCAAGCCAGUCGUUUCUGAUAUACAAGCAAGAUCAGCCGUUCUGUCCUGGAAUCUCCCAGUUAGUUCACAGAAUGGAGAGAGCCAUAGUCAUAGUCCAGCAGCAUUUACAUUUGAAGUAGCAAUAUCCAACAGUGGUAAAAAUGGAAAAUUUAAAUCUGUCUAUGUUGGGGAAGAAUUAACAAUCACACUUCCUGAUCUCAGACCAGCAACUGAUUACCAUGCCAGAGUUUCAGCAACCAGCAGUUCCAUAAAAGAAUCCAUUUCGGAAUUAGUGAGCUUCACUACAGAAAGUUGUGAGCCGGACUGUCCAGCCGCACCGAAGCUAAUUAACAGAACCAAAAACAGCCUGAGCUUGCAGUGGAAGUCCUCAAAUGACAAUGGUUCCAAAAUAACUAAUUUUCUUUUAGAGUGGGAUGAGGGGAAGAAUGGAGCCUUCAAAGAGUGCUACUACGGGCAUCUGAAGCAGUAUAAACUUAGCAAACUCUCCCCUUCUACAAAAUAUUCGCUCAGAUUAGCUGCUAAAAAUGAUAUUGGAAUGAGUUUCUCGUCAACUACAUCUGCUGCUGUUAAUAUUUUAAAAAAACCGCCAGCCCCACCGCCCCCGGUGCUGGUUGAAGCAGGAGUGACCUGGCUGUCGGUGAAGUGGAGCCCACCCAGCGGGGUGUCAUCAGAGGACUCUCUCACUUACAGUUUAGACAUGGAAGAAGAAGGUUCUGGUUAUGGUUUCCAGCCACAGUACAAUGGAGAUGAACUCUCAUGCACUUUAAGAAAUCUUAGGAGGAGUACAUCCUAUAAGUUUAGGCUCUUUGCCUACAACAGUGAAGGAAAAAGUAGUCCCAGUGAGGUGGUAGAACACAGCACUAAUCCUGAUAAACCCGGGCCGCCAAGUAAACCAGCUGUAAAGGGCAAGAUCCAUUCGCACAGCGUGAAAGUUACGUGGGAACCACCCAAAGACAACGGAGGAGCAGACAUUUCUAAGUACUUUUUGGAAAUCUCGGAAACAUCACCUGGAAGUAAAUGGGACACCAUAUACAGCGGCUCCCAGAGAGAACAUGUGUGCGAUCACCUCAAGCCUGGCACUUCGUACAGAAUGAGAGUGUAUUGUGUCAGUAAAGGGGGCGAAAGCCAGGCUUCUGAUGUUAUGACUGUUACGACAUCAGCUGUUCCUCCUGGACCGUGUCACGCUCCAUGCCUGGCAGGCAAAGCUAAGCCCAAGGAAAUCACUUUACAGUGGGGCCCACCAUCGGUAGAUGGAGGUUCUGACAUCACGGAAUAUAUUGUAGAGAUGGCAAACUCUGAACAAGAUGAACGCAGACAAGUGUAUCAGGGUCUGGCAUCUGAAUAUGUAGUGAACAACCUACUUCCAGGGAGAACGUAUUGCUUCUGGAUACGAGCAGCAAAUAAAGUCGGGCUUGGCCCUCACUCUGAGAAAGCAGAGAUCUCUACUGCUCCAGGCCCCCCGGAUCAGUGUUGCAAACCCCUGAUAACUUGUAAAAGUGCAACGUGUGUUGUUGUUUCAUGGGAGAGUCCAGCGUGCAACGGUGCGGAAAUCAGUGACUACAGGCUGGACUGGGGACAGGCAGAAGGGUCGAUGCACAUCAUUUACACUGGCCCUUGCCAGAGCUACGAAGUGAAAGGUCUCACACCUGCAACCACAUAUUACUGCAGAGUCCAGGCUGUGAACGUCGCUGGAGUUGGGUUGUUUGGUGAGACCAGUGUGGUGACAACCCCUGCGUCAGUGCCUGCAGCAGUGUCAGUACUGCACUUACUUGAAGAAGACCAAGUGGAAAUUUCUGUUCCUUUAUCAACGUGCCUUGCAAUUCAAUGGGAAGAACCAUGUUGUCACGGGUCAGAGAUCACUGGAUAUAACAUAGAAUAUGGGGAAAAGCAGCUGAUAACUGUUGGAAGAAAUACAAGCCAUGUUCUUGAGAAUCUGCUGCCUGACACUUUGUACAGAAUUAGAAUACAGGCCAUAAACAGCUUUGGAGUUGGUCCUUUCAGUCAUUCCAUUAAAGCCAAAACGAAACCACUACCUCCUGACCCUCCUCAUCUCGAAUGCGUGGUCUUCAGCUACCAGAGCCUUAAACUUAAAUGGGGUGAAGGUCCCAGCAGAGCUUUAAUUACCAACCCUACCCAAUUCAACUUGCAGAUGGAGGACAGGUUUGGCAGGUUUGUUACUGUUUAUAAUGGUCCUUGUCAUACAUACAAGGUACAGCGACUCAGUGAAUCCACUACAUACUAUUUUAAAAUCCAGGCAUAUAAUGAUGCUGGAGAGGGAGAAUUUUCUGAAGUUUACGCUUUCACUACAACUAAGUCUCCACCCGCAUCUCUUAAAGCACCCAAAGCAAAUCAGCUGGAAGAAAACACUUUUGAAAUCACAUGGGAACCUUUACAGCCGAUGAAAGGAGAUUCCAUUGUUUACAUCCUUCAGCUUGCUGCUGGGAGAGAGUUUGAUCAGGUAUACAAGGGACCGGAGACUUCCUUCCGUCUCGCAAGCUUGCAGACAAACUGUGAAUAUCGGAUCAGAGUCUGCGCUGGCCGUCAGUCCCAAGACUCUGCUGGAUCACAGGAACUGUAUGGACCUUACAGUCCCAGUACAGUGUUCUCAUCUCAGAAACAGGAGCUGGUUCCGCAGUGUGCUGAUUUGACGACGGAGUUGGCAGAGACUAAGAAGACGUUGCGUGAAGAGCGCUUCAUCGCCAUCGUUCUUCUCUGCGGAUUUGCGGUGGUGGCUAUUUUAUUUGCUGUUGUUAUUCAGUACUUUGUAAUCAAGUAGAUGAGAGCCUAUUCAAUACUCAGCUUUUUGUACAGAAGCUAUUUCGGGUAUUUAUGGUUAGUUCUAAUUAAAAUCCUAGUUGGAAAUGUAUAGUUACAUGCAUUUCCACUUUUGCUGCUGGCUAACAGUGAGGCUGGGUUGGCAGGUCCUUUCCAAAUACUGAACAUAGAUUUCUUGUAGAAAGGGUAAUCCUGGGUCCUCUGUAAUCAGGGUUAGCUGUUGAUAAAACAGCAAAAAACCGCCUUAUCGUGCACACCGAUGCGUGUGUGCGCACUCUUCCUCUCUCCGAACUGAAAGCGGGGCCCGACGGCCAGUUAGAGAGGGAAGGCAUCGAUAGAGCAAGUCCUUUUCAAGUACAACUAGAGCAGUGGUAGUCGAGCCGCAGUGUUUAAUCAGGUAUUGUUGUAGUUUGGUAUACACGAAAUACAGCAGCACAAAUGCUUAAGCUUAGAGCAGUACUGUAUUGCAGAACGUUACUAGAGCAUACCACAUGUAAUCUGCUGUAGAAGGAACGCAGAAUAUUGACUUUGACUUAGCGAUAUUACUACUUUACAGUUAUUUUAAUAUUUUGGAUUCAGUAAUAAUCAUUUCAAGUGUUAAAGUAGAGGGUGCCGGCAUUUUUUUUAGAAUUUUUAAUCCAAAUGCUAGACCAAACGUUAGCAGGACGUAACGUACACGCAGCGAAGGCGUUCGUAUGUACCAUUGUAGAAAAGGCCCCUUAAGUAUUGUACAUUUCGGAAUGAAAUGCUUUCUGCUGUUGGUGAGCAGCUGUUGGCCCAAUCCACAUUUCACUCUCAGUGCCUGAGAGAAAAGUAAUUUCCUGUGCUUCUGAUUAAAUCUUUGCAGUGUUUUCAGAAAAGCACAGGUAUUGUCUUUAAGGAGAAAGAGUGCAUUUAUGAUAAAUGUUACACUAUUUGGCUCAAACUGAGCAAAUGUUUUUGUACUAUUAUUAACCUAAAAAUAAAAAGUUCAGACUGCUUUUGGAUGCCCUUCUAACUUAAUCUGAAUUAUCAAAUUGUACGUGAAAGAACUCUUUUUAAAUAACAUUUAUACAAUGUUUUAAAUGACUUGCUAUCCCAGUGGUAGCAGCUUCACAUUCCAUUGUUUUCUAGAUGGGAAUGUUCAGCCUGCUAUGAACUUUUCUGAAACUAGUCCUGUUUGUCUGGGGGUUUUUUGGUUUGUGGUUUUUUUUUUGGACACUGUGCACUACAUAUGACUGUUCUUGUUAAAUCUGCUUGCAAAUCCCUAAAGAUGAGUCUGACAGCUG